CGCCGCGACCGUUAAAUAAUUUCAGCUCGGUGUAAAUAAUAAUAAUAAUAAUUGUUGUUAAUCUUCGAACGUUUUUUCGUAUACUUUUCUCGUCGGUCCGCGGGUGGGGAGAACAGGUUGUGGUACGCGUUACCAAAAGGAGGAGUGGCAAAUGCGUAUACACGCGCGAGUUCGAGUCGUGAAUGUGACACGGAAUCGCUUUAUUCACUUUCAGUAUAUUCACAGCUCGAGUAAACACUUACGAUCGCACACGUGCGUACAUUCGGAUUGCCAUCACCUCGUUAACAUGUGUUUGUGUGAUGUCCGAGGUCCGUCGUACGAGUGAAAAUCCGUCGUCUAAUGCUGCAGUAAUACACUGAAAUACAUUAUUGUUAUACGAUAAAUUCUGAACGGAGCUACCGAGUUUAUUGGUUGUACAAUGAUAUGGACUUUUUUUAUGGGGUUUCUCGGAAACAUAUUUUGUAGCAGUAGUAAGAUUCAUUGUCGUUUCAUAAUGCAGUACCGUCUCUAUAUUAAACACUAGAUUGGAAAUUGAAUUGUACAGUAAAAAGCUGCUUUACAAUGUCAGUUAAAAAAGUGCUCCGCAUUUUUAAUCCUCAUGCAGUCCACACGGUCAUUCUACUGACAUUAGGUUAUUUUUUAGUGCAACUAGUUUUCAGUCAUAUAUCGCAUUCACUCACCUUGCUCGUCGACUCGUACCACGUGCUAUGCAAACUUAUAUACUUUUUUGGAUCUGUAAUGUGCAUUAAGAAAAACGACUAUGAAGAGAUGUGUUCAAACGAAGUGUGUGCGGAAAAAAUCCUCAAGGUGGAGGACAAUUCACCAGAGUCCAACUUGACAGUAUCCAAGUCCGGCCAACUAUCGUCUUCCAGUUGCGUACAUCGUCAUCCCGAGAAGAAGUUAAAGAAUACAUUUGGAUGGGCAAGAAUAGAAGUAGUCUUGAUGCUCGGCGGUUGCGUGUUUUUGGCAUCACUUAGUUUCUCCCUGGUGGUCGAAGCCAUUCAAACUCUCAUACACAUCGACCAUCAAGAUCCAAUGCAUCAACCAAUAUCAGUGUUCAUUAUCGGUCUUGUUGGUAUACUCCUCCACGGACUAUGUUAUUUACUGCUAGGAGGUCCGGUAGUACAAAACGCAAAAGUUCCUGACGAAGAAAGCGCCAAUGCUCUUUUGAAUACUGGUCAAUUACUGAAAAAAAAAAUACAAGUCAAAAACUGCUCUUCAAGAGAAAUAUGUCGAGAUGUAGUUGGUUGUACAAUGGUGAUGAUAUGUUCUAUCGUCGUAAUAUUCACAGACCCUUCUAUCGCAAAGUUUGUUGACCCUGGAAUUUCAAUCAUAUCGGCGGCAAUAUUACUCUAUCUUAAAUAUCCAAAUAUGAAAGAAUCAUGUCUGAUUCUUCUUCAAACAAUGCCCGAUCACAUGAAUAUUGAUGUCAUUUGCAAAAACUUGAUGAAAACAUUUCCAGACAUAGUAAACGUACAUGAACUGCAUAUAUGGCAACUGACUGAAGAUAAAAUAAUAUCCACUGCACAUAUUAUGUUUCUUAACCCUCAAGAUUAUCUGCGAAUAAAUAAAGCGGUCGUUAACUUUUUCCACGAAAACGGCAUUUUAGAAGUGACUAUUCAACCAGAGUUUUUCAAAGACGAUCAAAAUAUACAAAUGGUUCCAGAGUAUGGUAUGGGACAGUGUUUGGUUCAGUGCAAUAAUAUCGAGUGCUUCGAUAGGAAUUGCUGUGAACCAGCUGGUGACAUUGAAUCAGUUCAACAAUGUUAAGCUUCAAAUAGUACAACUUUAUAGAGUUGAAACAACCGUCUUGCUCACCAACAAUAAUCGUUAUUUGAUAAAUCUUUGCAAAUAUUUAAAAAAAAAUGUUUCAAAUUUGAUUACCUUAUAGGUACCAUGUGUAAAUGAGUUAUAUUGACCUUAUUUAUUAUAUAUAUAUAUAUAUAUAUAUAUAUGUGUAAUAUCAAAUAUGUAUAAUGUAUAUAUAUAUAUUAUAUAUACAUAUAUAUUUUUUUAAUGAAAAAUACGUUCCUAUAUGUACUCAUAAUUGUGUUACUGUGAAUGUAUUUAUACUGAAUCGUUAUUAAUUAUUGUUUAACAAGUACAACAUCGUAUUUGUUUUUAUUAUAAUUUUAUUUUUGUAAUAUAAAAUGUUAUUGAAAAUGACGAAUACAAAUUAAAUGUUACACUGACUGUAAUAUAAUAUUAUAAUGAUACAUUUCACAUUUAAAACUUUAUUUAAAAAUAAUAUAUAAGAUAUAUUUUUUUCAACAAAUACAACCAAUGGUAGCAAUA